GCAACAUUUAUUUCCUGUCGUAAACGAUUCCUUUGUGCCAUAUUACUUGGACAUAGUAAUUUGCAUUAUUCAUAUUAUUGACAUGCCGCGACAACUCUAAAUUUUUUUUGCUACUGUAUGCAUAUUGUAUAGGACUAUAGACUCUGUCAUUAUUAUCUAAUUAAAGUCUUUUGCUGCAUUUUCGUCUGUGUCUGUUCUCGUAGCUUCGUCGUCAUUUCCUGAACAUUCUUACUCCGGUAUUGGAGUUGAAGCGCUUACAUCUGGUGGAAGGCCAUAGUGUGCGAGGGCAAGAACUGACCGGAGUGCGUUCAAUGUGCCGCCUUCUGGGGCAAUGGCCUGCACCUUCGGCCCCUGGACCUGACGAGGAGGACAAUGAGACUUUCUCUAAGAUGCGAUUCCUGUUUGCCAUGAUCUGGUCGAUUUGCGCCACCCUCGAAGAAGAGCCUCGUCGCCGCCUGGACAACUGGGUUCGUGAGCAUGAAGGAGUAUUUCCUCUGAAGGACACCGUCUACGAUUACUACGUUGACGAGCGGCUGAGGCAGUUCAGGCCCUGGGAGGAUAAACUGCCUGAUAACUGGAAGUAUAACCCCAAUCUCGGGUUCCACAACAUCCUGGUUCCGACGGUGGAGUUCAUCCGGGUGCAACUGGUCGCGCUUGACAUGUUAAAGGCGGGAUAUGGUGUCUUAGUCGGCGGUCCCACGGGAACUGGGAAGACGUUUCUGAUACAGGGGACUCUUUCCAAUCUGGAUCCAACCAAGUACAGCACUCAGGUCAUAAAUAUGUCGGCGCAGACGACGGCUGCUAACGUUCAAGACAUCAUCGAGUCUAGACUGGAGAAGCGAACCAAGGGGAAUUAUGUGCCCGCAGGAGGCAAGAAGAUGAUAGCGUUCAUGGAUGACAUCAACAUGCCGGUGCGCGACUACUACGGCUCGCAGCCGCCGUUAGAGUUGGUCCGCCUGUGGCACGACUACGGCUUUUGGUUCGACCGGGCUAAACAGUGGCGGAAGAACGUCAAGGGCAUGGUUCUCUGUGGGGCAGCGGGUCCCCCCGGGGGAGCUCGUUCCCCCCUCCCCCCGCGGCUGCUGUCUUGCUUUCACGCGCUGUAUCUGACGGCGCCGGCGCAGCAGCAACUCGUCAAGAUAUUCGGCACCAUGCUCUCACAACACCUGAGCGACUUCGACGAGGAGACCAAGACUGUCGGUAAAACAGUGCUAUUGGCGACCAUCGACAUAUUCAACAAUAUUGUGGCCAAGUUAUUGCCCACGCCAAGCAAGAUGCACUACCUGUUCAACUUGAGAGAUAUAUCGAAAAUUUUCCAGGGCUUAUUACGGAGUAAUAAAGACUACACGAACACAAAAGCGAGGUUCCUGCGACUGUGGAUACACGAAUGUUUCCGAGUGUUCUGCGAUCGACUCAUCGACGAUAAGGAUCGCGACUGGUUCAUGAACAACAUGGGCGACAUACUGGGCAAGCACUUUGAGCUCACGUUCCACGCGCUCUGCCCGUCCAAGAGUCCGCCUCUGUUCGGGCACUUCCUCAACCCGUUCGAGGUGUACGACGACCUCAACGACCCUGUCGCCUUGAGGAAGUUCAUAGUAAACACGAUGGAGGAGUACAACAGUUGCCCAGGCGUGGUGAAGAUGGACCUCGUAUUGUUUAAAGACGCCAUAGAACAUAUAUGCCGGAUCGUGCGAGUCAUAUCGCAGCCUAGGGGCAACGUGCUCUGUGUGGGGAUAGGUGGUUCCGGACGGCAGAGCUUGACGCGCGUUGCGUCGUACAUCUGCGAGUGUAACACUUUCCAAGUGGUCGUCACCAAGACAUACGGCAUCAAGGAGUUCAGGGAAGACUUGAAGGUUCUGUAUACGAGUUGCGGUGUAGACGCUAAGAAGACCACUUUCAUAUUCUGCGACACGCAGAUCGCCGAGGAAUCGUUCACGGAGAUCAUUAACAACCUGCUAAGCAGCGGCGAAAUCACUAACCUCUAUAAACCGGACGAGUUUGAAGACAUUAAAUCUGGCUUAGAGAAGCCCAUGAAGAACCAGAACAUUUUGCAAACGGCGGAGACUGUGUAUCUGUUCCUAGUGGACCGGGUGAGGGCCCACAUGCACAUUGUCUUGUGCUUCAGUCCAAUCGGAGAUGAGUUCAGGAACCGCAUCCGGCAAUACCCCGCUUUAAUUAACGCGACCACCACCAACUGGUUCUUGGAAUGGCCGCGGGAGGCGCUGCUCGAAGUCGCCUACAAGUUCCUCGAGGGCGUAGAGCUUCUAGCUUCUAUCACUGGACCUAGGGUACGCAGGAAGGAAUCUUUGAUCGAGAGUCGCGAAGACGCUUUGCGAGCUUCAGCUGCUUCCAUUAUGUCCUUGAUCCACUCGUCCGUGGGCAAAUACUCUGUUAAAAUGUGGCAAGAAAUGAGACGCACAAACUACGUCACGCCCACCAACUAUCUGGAACUGGUGUCGGGAUAUAAGGAGAUGCUGAAAAUGAAAAGGUUUGAAAUAGCACUUCAAGCUAACAAAUUGAGGAACGGUCUUGGAAAAGUCGAGGAGACCACGAAGUUGGUCGGCCAGAUGUCUGAAGAGUUAGCUAUUGCUAAGGAACAAGUCGCGGAAUACACAGAGCAGUGUAUAGAGUACAUGGGCGUUAUCAACGUUCAGCAACGUAACGCUGACGAGCAACAACGCAGCGUCGCCGCAAGAAGCAAGAAAACUCAAGAAGAGGAAGUUCAGUGCAAGAAGUUGGCUGAUGCUGCAAUGAGAGAUUUGGCUUCUGCUAUGCCGGCAUUGGAAGAAGCUGUUAAAGCAUUAGAUGCUUUAAACAAGAAAGACAUAACUGAAGUUAAGUCUUACGCAAAACCGCCACAAAAAGUAGAAAUGGUUUUGGAGGCUGUACUGAUAUUAUUACAAAAAGAACCAACGUGGGCGGAAGCAAAGCGUCAGCUCGGCGACCAAUACUUUCUCGACCGUCUCCGGGACUUCGACAAGGACAAUAUUGCCGAUAAAACCCUCAAGAAGAUCGGCACUUACACCGCCAAACAGGACUUCGACCCAGAGAUAGUGGGAACCGUUUCGGCCGCUGCUAAGUCUCUGUGUUUAUGGGUGCGGGCCAUAGAAAAAUAUGGAAAGGUCUACAAAAUAGUGAAACCAAAGAAAGAGCGUCUAGAGGAAGCGUUAGAAUCCCUCCGUAUGAAGCAGCAGAUUUUGGCCGAGGCUCGUGCAAAGCUCCGGGAAUUGAGCGAGAUGAUCGCUCGCCUCCAGAAGGAAUAUGACGAGAAGGUGGCACAGAAAGAAGAACUAGAAAGGAAGUCUAGGAUGCUACAAUUGAAGUUGGAAAGAGCUGAGGCGCUUAUUACUGGAUUAUCAGGCGAACGCGAACGCUGGGAGUUGACAGUGGAACGUCUGGACAAAGAGUUUGAUAAUCUCCCCGGAGACUGCCUCAUAGCCACCGGCUUCGUGGCUUAUCUUGGACCUUUUGUGUCCGAGUACAGAGAGGCGCUGAUGAGCGAUUGGUUUAUGGAAGUGUAUAAUGAAAGCGUACCGGUGACAAUGGACCUCACCAUGAAGUAUUUCCUAUUGGAUGACGCUACUCUGAGGGACUGGAACUACAUGGGCUUGCCCGACGAUAACUUCAGUGCUGAGAACGGUAUUAUUGUGGUGCGCGCAACUCGCUGGCCUCUAGCCGUAGAUCCUCAAGGGCAGGCGCUCAUCUGGAUUUCGCAUCUUGAGGAGAAGAAUGAUAUACAGAUCGUGGAUUUCGGGCAGCCAAACUACCUGAAAAUCAUGGAAGCUUGUCUGUCUGGUGGGAAGCCCGUUAUAAUCCAAAAUGUGGGCGAAGUGUUGGAUCCAUCUAUAGCUCCCAUUCUUGAUAAAGCUAUAGUUGUCAUCGGAAGUUCUUUGGUUAUCAAAUUCAAUGAGAAAAUGGUGCCAUACAGUAAGGAUUUUAAGAUGUAUCUCACUACUAAACUGGGCAACCCCGUGUACACGCCGGAGACGUUGACCAAGACGACGAUGGUAAACUUCGCGGUGAAGGAGCAGGGGCUCACGGCGCAGCUGCUCGGCAUCGUGGUGCGCCGCGAGCGCCCGCAGCUCGAGCACAUGAAGGACUCGCUCGUCAUCACCAUCGCCCACAACAAGAAAGUGCUGAUGGACUUGGAGAACGACCUGCUCCGCAUCAUGUACGAGUCGCAAGUGCCUCUGCUGGAGAACGAGGAGUUGUUUGUAACGCUGCAGACGUCGCAACGUACUUCGCUCGAAGUUAAAGAAGCUCUGAUUACGUCACAGGAGACAGAGAAGGAAAUAGACGCGGCCAGACAGGGCUACGUACCAGUGGCGGUGCGAGCUUCCGUCCUAUUCUUCGCGUUGAACGACCUGUCGCGCAUCGAUCCCAUGUACCAGUUCUCUUUGGACGCGUACAUAGAUCUCUUCAACUACUCCAUCGACCGAAGCCCCAAGAGUACCGAAUUGGAAGACCGCAUCAACAACCUCAACGAGUUCCACACUUAUGCGGUCUACAAGAACACAUGUCGCGCGCUAUUCGAACGCCACAAGUUGCUGUUGUCCUUCCACAUCGUGUCGCGGAUCCUCUUCCAGAUGGGCAAGAUGAGCAUGCACGAGUACCUGUUCUUGCUCAAAGGCGGAGUGGUGUUGGACAGGUCUGAGCAGCCCGACAACCCCACCAACUGGAUGCCGGACGAGUGCUGGGACAACAUAACGGAGCUGGACAAGUUGCCCGGCUUCCACGGCGUCGGGGACUCGUUCGAGGUCAUGCCCAAGGAGUGGCGGGACUGGUACCUCCACCCUGAGCCUGAGCUGCAACCACUGAUUGGUGAUUGGAACGAAGUGUGCAACGAUUUCCAACGCAUCCUGUUCGUGCGAUCGUUGCGCGUGGACCGCGUGUCCGCCUGCAUCACCAGCUUCAUAGUCAACGUGCUCGGACCCAGAUACGUGGAGCCACCCGUUCUGGACAUAAAGGCCGCUUGGGAAGAGUCAACAUGGAAGACAUCUUUGUUGUUCGUGCUAUCUCCUGGCGUCGACCCUACGUCCUCUCUGAUCCAACUGGCUACUGAUGUGAAGAUGUUCGACAAGUUCCACUCUCUCAGUUUGGGCCAGGGGCAGGCACCUACUGCCGCCAGGUUGCUAUCGCAAGGUAUGAAGGAAGGCGGCUGGGUGUUCCUGGCUAACUGCCACUUGGCCUGCGCGUGGCUGGGGUCCUUGAGAGGGCUGGACAACCCGCGCAUACAUCCGCGCUUCAGGCUGUGGCUAUCUUCGAUGCCUGAUGACAAGUUCCCGUUAAACGUUCUGCAGCGGUCUAUUAAGAUGACCACGGAACCGCCGCAGGGUCUAAAAGGCAAUAUGGUGCGCUUAUUCGCCAACCUGAACGAGGACAAGUUCGACGAGGCGACGCCCAAGUACCGCCGCCUGCUGUACUGCGUGGCGUUCUUCCACUGCACUCUCAUCGCCAGGAAGAGGUUCAGACAGCUCGGAUACAAUGCCGUCUACAGCUUUAACGACGCUGAUUUCGAUGUAUCAGACAAUCUCCUGGCCAAUUACCUUGAAGAAUACGAAGAGGUCCCGUGGGACGCGCUCCGAUACUUAUUCGCCAUCAUCAACUACGGCGGCCACAUCACCGACGACUGGGACAAGAGAGUGCUGGUCGCCUACAUCAACCAGUUCUUUUGUGAAGAAGCCUUGGAUACACCCUUCUACAGACUAUCUUCGAUUCCCGCGUACCACAUUCCUCGGGACGGCAGCUUGGAGUCGUACCGCGACUUUCUGGAUUUGUUGCCGCCUUCAGAGAGAGCCGAGUCAGUUGGACAGCACGCUUCGGCAGAUGUCGCUACUCUUGCACAGGACGCUUUGAUCAUGUGUUCCACUUUGUUCGCCCUGGCUUCCACUGGGGGUGGAGGCGCAGGCGGCGGAGAAGAUCAGAAGGUCGACGAGCUAGCACAGGAGAUGCUAGCGAAACUACCACAUACGAUCGACGUGGAGACGACAGAGAAGAUGAUGGGACCAGAGAUAGUAAUGCCGAUGUGUGUAUCUUUACUUCAAGAGAUCGGAUAUUACAAUGUGCUCAUAGCAACUAUCACCGCGGGACUUAAGGAGUUACGCCGCGCCAUAGAAGGCCUGGUGGUGAUGUCAGAAAUGUUGGAGAUAAUGUAUUCAUGCAUAUUUGAAGGGCGAGUGCCGUCAUUUUGGCAAAAGGCUCGUCCAUCCAUGAAGCCAUUGGGCUCAUGGUGCCGAGAGUUGUUCUUGCGCGGCGCUCACCUCAGUGCGUGGGCCAAUGCCCCCAGGAGCCCGCCCACUCUGUGCUGGCUACCUGCACUGGUUGCCCCCACUGGCUUCCUUACUGCCGUUAUGCAGACGACAGCGCGUGGAGAAGGCUGGCCUAUAGACACCCUGUGUUGGGAGUUCACGGUAAUGCCUCUAGAAGAGUCCUCGUUCGUCCGUCCGCCGAGAGAUGGCGGUGUUUACAUCAGGGGCCAAUACCUAGAAGGUGCUAGCUGGUACAAGAAGGACGGUUGCCUGCAAGAACCGCUGCCGAUGCAGCUCGUGUUCCCGAUGUCCCCGAUACACUUCAAGCCUGUACGGGCCACUGGGAGGCGGCUGAGGAACCGCUACGUCUGUCCUUGUUACUACUACCCGUUGCGUAUGGGCGCCUUCGUGGUCGCCGUAGACCUCCACUCGGGCAAGGAGAGCUCGGACUUCUGGGUCAAGAGAGGCACCGCUUUGCUCUGUACCCUGGCGGCCUAACAACAGGAUAUAGGAAGCUGCCCACAUAACGAGAUGAGGAUGUGAUAAUGUUGAUUUAUAAGUUAUUUCCCAAUAAUAUAUAAUAAAUAGUUAAUUUAUUA